CUAUGAUACUGGAUUCUCUCUCCAUGGCAACGGCAGCGGAGGCUCACGGGUAUUGGAGUACUUGACAAUUAUUAAAAGAAAUGAGCCAAAAUGUGUUAUAUCUCGUAAACAACGUCGAAAUAUAUGAUAAAGCUGGUCCUAAUGUAAACAUAUAUGGCUUCUAUAUCAUCCGGGAGACUUGUGUGUCUCUACGUGAAGCAGAGUUAGUAAGAAGCGAAGUGGCGGACCCUCCCACUCCGCGACUCACCCAGCCAGCCAGUCAGAGCUCUGCUACGGAAAAUCCGCUGGGUCAAAAACACUGUUAACUCGCGACGGCGAUCUCGACGGUCUCGACAUUCUUCCAAUGGCGAGAUAAUGAUGAGAACAGGGGGCCGCUGUUCAAGGCAAAGGAAAAAAAAGGGGGCUGCCGUGUAAUGCGCGACCAGGUGUUUGUUGAAUGUCGCCGCCCGUGAUCGAUAGCGACGGAUGGUCGGAGCGAGCAGCGGCGGAGAACGGUUCAGGUGGCGGCUUCAAGGAGACUGCUGUGAUGCUACGUAGGCAACUGGAAGAAAAGGGCUUUUCUACCAUGAGAGAGUGUGUGUGAGACACGAGAGCUCUGCUUUUUGUUUUUAUUUUUUAUUUUAUUUUUUUUUACAAAAACGCUUUUUUUUUUUUUUUUUAGGAUCAUUGGGAUACACAGCGAGCUGGUGAACUUUUUUAGGGGGAAUGGCAGGUCGAAGCCGAAGAGCAUGGUUUAGUGUUCUGCUGGGACUGGUUGUCGGGUUCACGCUGGCUUCCAGACUCAUUUUACCCAAGGCGUCCGAGUUGAAGAAAGCCGGACAAAAACGGAAAGCCAACCCCGCCGGCUGCGGGUUGAACAGGGGUCUCAUAAGGGAAUACGGCGGAAUACAAUGGCCACCGCAAGAUAACGGUUCACCGGCGACCGAGAACCCUGGAGCCAGGUCUAAUAAUUUCCUGUUCGUUGGUGUCAUGACCGCCCAGAAGUACCUGAACAGCCGAGCCGUGGCGGCACAUAGGACGUGGGCUCAGACAAUUCCAGGUCGUGUCGAGUUCUUCUCCAGUGAGGGCUCCGACACCUCCAUACCUAUUCCCAUAGUGGCACUGAGGAAUGUGGACGACUCGUACCCACCCCAGAAGAAGUCCUUCAUGAUGCUCAAGUACAUGCAUGACCAUUACCUGGACAAGUACGAGUGGUUCAUGAGGGCAGACGACGACGUCUACAUCAAGAGCGAGAAGCUGGAGGGUUUCCUGCGCAGUCUCAACAGCAGCGAGGCCAUCUUCCUGGGCCAGACGGGCAUGGGGGCCCGGGAUGAGCUGGGGAAACUGGCCCUGGAGCCCGGGGAGAACUUCUGCAUGGGGGGGCCCGGGGUGAUCAUGAGCCGCGAGGUCCUUAAGAGGAUGGUGCCCCAUAUCCGAGAGUGUCUACAGGAGAUGUACACGACCCAUGAGGACGUGGAGGUGGGCAGGUGUGUCCGAAGAUUCGCCGGCGUACAGUGUGUCUGGUCCUAUGAGAUGCAGCAGCUCUUCUAUGAAAACUAUGAACCAAAUAAGAAGGGCUACAUACGAGAUCUCCACAACAGCAAGAUCCACCGAGCCAUCACCCUCCACCCCAACAAGAAUCCUCCCUACCAGUAUCGCCUACACAGCUAUAUGCUCAGCCGCAAGAUCGCAGACCUACGCCACCGAACCAUUCAGCUCCACCGGGAGAUCGUCCAGAUGGGGCGCUACGGAGCGGCUGAACCAAGCAGAGAGGACCUCCAGCUUGGUGUGCCGCCCUCAUUCAUGCGCUUCCAUCCGAGGCAGAGAGAGGACGUCCUGGAGUGGGAGUUCCUGACAGGGAAGUACCUGUUCUCAUCGUCCGAUGGUCAGCCUCCUCGUCGCGGGAUGGAUUCCUCCCAGAGACAGGCCCUGGAUGACAUCAUCAUGCAAGUGAUGGAGAUGAUCAACGCCAAUGCCAAGACACGAGGACGGGUCAUCGAUUUCAAAGAAAUCCAGUACGGCUACCGGAGGGUCAAUCCUUUAUACGGGGCAGAGUACGUGCUUGAUCUGCUGCUGCUGUACAAGAAGCACAAAGGAAAGACCAUGACGGUUCCUGUGAGGAGGCACGCAUACCUGCAGCAGACCUUCAGCCAGAUCCAGUUCAGAGAGGAGGAGGAGAUGGAUGCCAAAGCUCUGGCCAGCCACAUAAACAAGGAGUCCGACUCCCUCUCAUUUCUGUCCAACUCCCUCAAGAUGCUGGUGCCCUUCAAGCUGGCCACCUCGGGCCAGGACCAGAGGGAACCAAAGGAGAAGAAGGUCAACAUCUUGGUGCCUCUGUCGGGUCGCUACGACAUCUUUGUGCGCUUCAUGGCCAACUUUGAAAGAGUUUGUCUGAUCCCCAACCAGAAUGUCAAGCUGCUGAUCCUGCUCUUCAGCACAGACAACAACACUGAGCGGGUGAAGCAGGUGGAGCUGAUGAGGGAGUAUCACAUGAAGUAUCCCCGCGCCGAGAUGGAGAUAAAGCCCGUUACCGGCUCCUUCUCCAGGGCUCUGGCUUUGGAAGUGGGCUCCUUGCACUUCUCCAACGAUUCACUGCUCUUCUAUUGUGACGUUGAUCUGCUCUUCACCAGCGACUUCCUCAAACGAUGUCGGACCAAUACCGCCCUCGGGGAGCAGUCCUACUUCCCCAUCAUUUUCAGCCAGUACGACCCCAAGGUGGUGUAUGCUGGGAAGGUCCCCAGCAACAACCACUACGUCUUCACGUCUAAGACGGGCCUGUGGAGGAACUACGGCUUCGGGAUCGUCUGCGUCUACAAGGGAGACCUGGUCCAAGCCGGAGGCUUUGACACCUCCAUACAGGGAUGGGGGUUGGAGGACGUGGAUCUUUUUAAUAAAUUUGUCCAGUCAGGGAUUAAGUUGUUCAGAAGCACAGACACGGGGAUAGUGCACGUCCACCACCCCGUCAUAUGUGACCCCAACCUGGAAGCGAAGCAAUAUAAGAUGUGCCUGGGCUCCAAAGCCUCGUCGCACGGCUCCACCCAGCAGCUGGCCGAGCUCUGGCUGGAGAAGAACGACCACGGCUUCAGGAGACUGGCCAGCAAUAACGGCUCAGUUAGGACAGCGUGAGAAAAGCCAGGCUGCAAACUUGUCAUGAACUGAACCUGAAGCUGGUCUGUGCUCACUUCCUCUCCUCUUAGUGGUGUUUUCACUACCUAAUUUAUUUUUUACUGAAAUGACUUCACAUGGAUAUAUUUUGAAAAUAUGUCUUUUUUUUAAAAAAGAAAAAGAAAGAAAGAAAAUCUACAGAAACGCCAUGAUGAACAAUUCAUAGACACAGCCAGCGUGGAAGUUUUCAUUAAUGAUAGAAGGAAUAUCGACCAAUAUUCUGGUGUGAGCCUGAUCACAGCAGGGGGGCCUGAGGCUCCUGCAGCCUGUUACGUGUCACGUGUCAGGACGGUGGGAGAGCGGGAGGCAGAGGGGUUUUUUUUUUAACGUGUACCUCAGUGAAGUACACCAUCAUGGUCCUUAAAUAUUCUAUUGUCUCGUGUGCAGAAAACAGACUGGUGUCCAUGUACUCUCAGACCAGCAGUGCUCGAAAACGUAACUCUUGAUUGUGAAUGUUUACAAAAGACUGAUUCUAAAAAAACAACGUUUCAUGGGUGAAAUUCAAUCACAGCUAUCUCAAUAAUUACAACGGGCCAUCAUUUUAAUUUGAUCUCUCCUGAUUUUACAGUGGUUUUCCUUUUUCCCCCAUCUGCUUUUUACGGUUUUGGUAAUAUGACACAACACUGUUACUGCAGGAUUUCAUUGUAUUUUUCCUUUAUUAUUAAUUUCUGUGAACCCAACUGCUGGAUUUUAUAUCUGCAAUUCAUCCUUUGCUGUCUAAUUUAUUGAAUUUGCAGGCUCCAUUUUUCGACUUUCUGACUGUUGAAAUGUGUAUAUUGGAAAGAUUGUAUAACCAUGUCAGUUGUGGGAUAGUGUUUUUUUAUGUUCCUUUUCUUAAACUCAUUAUCACCAAAGAGUUUUGCACAGUCUGCUUUAGGUAUCAUGUUGCCUGUGUGUGUGUGUGUGUGUGUGUGUGUGCGUGUGUGCGUGUAUGUAUGUGUGUGGGUGGUGUUUUGCAGGCACAAACAUGAAACUGGCUGUAUAAUGAAGAGUAAACACAAAAGCUCUGUCUAUCCCAGGCCUUUCUGAUGGGUGAAGCGGGAACCAGUCUGGCCUUCUUUUUUUUUUUAUUCCAGUGGGUUGACAUGGGGAGCAGCGCUCUGGUCGGCCAGCUCAAAGUCACACAUCACUGUGUCUUUUUUUUUGUUUUGUUUUGUUUUGUUUAACUUUCUUUUAUGUUGAAAUAAAAAAAGAAGUGUUGUGGCUGGUCCCGGUCUACAGAGGUGUGGCUUCAGCGCUCGAUUCCAUUGAGCCGUGAUGUGAAAAGCCCACAUUGUCUGGUCCUGUGUUACAGGUUUGAGGGCUGAACAUUUCCUUUGCAGCAGGCCUCGAUCACUGUCCUGCUCCUGCCUGCGUCGCCUAUAGGCAGGUACUGUACGUUGUAGCACUCCAUCGGGGGGGGGUUUAAUGCUCCUCUUUCAGCAUUACAUCGCGAAUGGCUGAUUUUAAGACUGGUGUAAUAGGAUGAGUCAUUUUUUUAAAAAAAUUUCUUUGACUUUUUUUGUAAUUUUUGUUCUUUCAACUCUGCCCAGCUGGGCAAGGUUUUCUAUUUAAAAAGAAAUAAAACGGGGGGAAAAUGAUCCAAA